AUGAGUCAUGAAGGGAGAAACAAUCAAAAAGCAGAUUUGCCACUUAAUGCAAAUAGUGCUGUAGAGAUGAUGCAGAAAAUGCAUGGAGAAUUGAUUAAACUAAAACCAAAUAUGUAUAAAUGCAUUCAAAACGCAACAGAUUAUAAGAAACCUGGAAUGAAAAAGGGCCUUAAUACACUUGGUGAUGUUGAUGAAGAAAUUUACAACUAUGCUUCCUGCUUCAGAGAUUGCUUAUCCCAAAUUGAAGCUUUCAUGCAUGAUGUAAUGUUGACAAAAAUGGAACAGGGAACUGAUUAUGAAAACUAUGAACGCUUCUGUCAAGGAAUAGACAGUACUAGAGCAAAAUUAGUUGGAAUGAUUGCUGAAAUAUACGAAUUUCAAAAAGAGCAAGAUAUACAAAGAGGGCAAGAGGAAUAUAUUGUAAAGUCUCUAUUAAACAAGCACAGGGAACUCCAAAAGGAAAAUAUUGAUUACAUCAUCAAGCAGAUGGAUACUGUUAGAAGAUUCUAUAUCCAGUUGUGUAUGCCAAUUUCUAGUCAGAAGUGUCGUAUCCAGUAA